AUGACUUUUGAAGAUGUUUUCGACAACGGUGAUUCACCAUAUGUUUUUAAACCUAGCAAUAUCCCGGUUUCGCAAUUGAUCAGAGAUCAUCUACCAUUGCCUGAAAAACUAUUCAAGGAUUCGGUACCAUUGCCAGGAACCGAAAAGGAAGGAUAUAGUGCCAUCUUUAGAAACAAAGCAUUUCCAGCACAUUUGAAGGAAGCACUCAUACCGGAUUUGGAUACAUACUACAAACUUUUCAAGAAUGCAGUUCAGUCAUUCGGUGAUAAAGAGUGUUUGGCAUACCGAGAAUAUGAUUACGUGAACAAGAAAAGUGCUGAUGGUUACAGUUGUUUAUCGUACCGUGAAGUAGAUGACAUGAAGCAGAAGUAUGGAUCGGGGUUCCUUUACUUGUUGCAAAACAAUCCAUACAAAAAUAUUGAAAAAUUCGUAAGUCACCAGAAAAUCGACAACCAUGUCAGGGAUUACAAUAAUUAUGACAUUUCUGAUAUAUCUUUCGUUGCUACUCUCUACUCGGCUAACAGGAUGGAAUGGGUCUUGAGUGAUCUUAUGUGUACGGCGUAUUCGAUCACUAAUACUGCUUUGUACGAUACGUUGGGGGCUGACACUUCUGAGUAUAUUUUACAUACAACUCAGUCUCCCGUCGUCAUUACAUCCAGAGAGCACGUCCUGGACAUUAUAAAGUUGAAAGAAAAAUACCCUGAAAAGUUAGAACAUGUUAUUUCUAUCGUUUGUUUGGAUCCAUUGGACAUGAAAAACGAGACAGUUUUGGGUUCUGAAGACCGUGCUUUGGUUGCAGCGGCCAAAUCUCACAGAAUUGCUUUGGUCGAUAUCAAUCAAGUUAUCAAAGUGGGUGAAAUAUUUCCAACCCCUGAAUUACCACCAAACCCUGAAACUUUAUACACUAUCAGUUUUACUUCUGGUACUACUGGCGCAAACCCAAAGGGUGUUUUGCUUUCCCAAAAAAUUUGUACAGCAGGUGUUACAUUUGUUCUUACUCAACUUCCACGUAUCUCUAAUGCAAGAUCAUUCUCAUUUUUGCCGCUAGCCCAUAUUUUUGAGAGACAAGUUUGUGCUUUUAGUUUAUCAUGUGGUAAUUGCGUAGGGUUUCCUCAAUUAGGUGGAACACCUUUAAGUUUAAUAGAAGACUUGAAGCUCUUUAAACCAAACUACAUGUGUAAUGUUCCUAGAGUGUUUACCAAAUACGAGGCUGCGAUUAAGAAUUCCACCAUCGACAAUCCAAAUUCAGCAUUCAAAAGAGCGGUUUUUGAUAAGGUUAUCAAUUCAAAAAUCGAAGCCCAAGAGAAAUAUGAUGGGGCAGAUGGUUCUCAUGCCGUAUACGACCGUUUGUUUUUGAGUGCUAUACGUAAAGCUUUCGGGUUUGACAAUAUGCAAUUCGUCGUUACUGGCUCAGCACCAAUUUCUCCUUCCACAGUUAAGUUCUUGAAGGCUUCACUUUGUAUCGGUAUGCCACAAGGUUAUGGUUCCACUGAAUCAUUUGCAGGGUUUGCCAUUGGUAUUCCUCAUGAAGCUAACCCUGGUUCGUGUGGUUCCGUUGGUGUUACUACGGAAAUGAAAUUGAGAGAACUUCCAUCAAUGGGAUACAAAUUGGAUGAUCCGGAAGGUCCUAGAGGUGAAUUAUUGUUAAGAGGACCACAAAUUUUCAAGCAGUAUUUCCACAAUGAAGAAGAAACCAAAAAGUCGUUUGACGAUGAGGGCUGGUUCCACACUGGUGAUGUAGCCAGAAUCUCAAAAGAAAAAGGUAGAUUAUUUAUUAUCGACAGAGUAAAGAAUUUCUUCAAAUUGUCACAAGGUGAAUACGUUACCCCCGAAAAGGUUGAAAACAAAUAUCUUUCGUCAUCAUCCAUUCUCAACCAGUUAUACGCACAUGGUGACUCUUUGAGGCACUUCUUGGUAGGAAUUGUUGGUAUCGAUCCUGAAGGUGCUGUCAGCUUUUUAGUUGAUAAAUGUAAAGUAUCAAGAAGCAAAUUGUCUUCUCAAGAGCAGAUUUUAACUGAAAUUAAUAAGAAGGAAAACAGAGAAAUAUUGGUGUCUUAUCUUAACUCAAGAGUUGGUAACCAAUUAUCAGGAUUUGAAAAACUUCACAACGUCUACGUUGAAUUUGAGCCAUUGAGAUUAGAUAGAGACGUUGUUACGGCAACUCAAAAGCUUAAGAGACCUGUUGCUGUAAAGUUUUUCAAGUCCCAAAUUGAUGCAAUGUAUGACGAGGGAUCAUUAGUUAAAGGUCCUAAGUUGUGA